UAUGUCAUGCCAAAACAAAACAAAAACAAAAACACCUUACUUUUAAUUUGAUCACUGUAUUUUUUCCUAGUUAUCCUCCCAUCUGGAAAUGUCAGAAUCCUUCCAGAAAUCAGAGUGAAUGGCCUGGAAUAAUCAGUCAGUCGUAACUGAAUUCAUACUACAGGGUCUCUCCGGUUCUUGGGAACUCCAGAUCUUCUAUUUCCUGUUUUUCUUCAUAGUCUAUGCAGCCACUGUACUGGGGAACCUCCUUAUUGUGCUCACCAUCAUGUCAGAGCCACGCCUUCACUCCCCCAUGUACUUUUUGCUGGGCAAUCUCUCCUUCAUUGACAUGUCUCUGGCCUCAUUUGCCACCCCCAAAAUGAUUGCAGAUUUCCUCAGUGAGCACAAAGCCAUCUCUUUUGAAGGCUGCAUCACUCAGAUAUUUUUCCUGCAUCUGUUAGGGGGUGCUGAGAUUGUACUGCUGAUAUCCAUGUCUUUUGAUAGGUACGUGGCUAUAUGUAAACCUCUAAGUUAUUUAACCAUUAUGAGCCGAAGAAUGUGUGUUGGGCUCGUAUCACUUUCCUGGAUUGUUGGCAUCUUCCAUGCUAUGAGUCAGUUAGCAUUUACUGUGAAUCUGCCCUUCUGUGGACCCAAUGAAGUGGACAGCUUCUUCUGCGACCUCCCCUUGGUAAUUAAACUCGCCUGUGUAGACACAUACAUUCUGGGAGUAUUCAUGAUCUCAACCAGUGGCAUGAUUGCCCUGGUGUGUUUCAUUCUUUUGGUGAUCUCCUAUACUAUCAUCCUGGUCACUGUGCGGCAACAUUCCUCUGGUGGGUCCUCCAAAGCCCUCUCCACUUGCAGUGCCCACUUCACUGUUGUGACCCUUUUCUUUGGCCCAUGCAUUUUCAUCUAUGUAUGGCCUUUCACAAAUUUCCCAAUAGACAAAGUGCUCUCAGUAUUUUAUACCAUUUUCACUCCCCUCUUGAAUCCAGUGAUCUAUACCCUUAGAAAUAAAGACGUCAAGGAUUGCAUGAGAAAACUUAGCAGCCAUAUCUUUAAGUCUAGGAAGACUGAUCAUACCCCUUGAUUUCCUUAUACAAAAAUGAAAUACCUGUUUGGCAUUUACCUUCCUCAUUCAGUUGGUCAACAAAGUGAUGCUACUUCGAGAAACCAGUAAGUUCCUGGCAGAAUUAUUUAUGUAAUCAGUCUUAGCCCUCACUGAGUUCUGUUCAUGUUAAUUGUUCUCCACACAAUGUAACAUUUACAACAGGGCAUCAUCACAUCUAUACUCAGCAUUUUACUGCCCAGAGACCCACUUUUUAGAAUAUCCAGCUUUUGUCAAAUAUAAACAGUUUAUUUGAGUAUUCCUCCCCCUGAGACAUUUGCAUGUUUUAAGAGUAAAUUUGCUUGUAGUCUCUUGUAAGUAGCCUCUAAGCCAACACCCAGUAUACUACCCUGUACACUGAAGUAACAAUGAAAUUAUUUAUUGCUGACAAAGGUGCUGAUGCAUGAAUUAUUUUAGUUCAAA